CUUAGACUCCCGUCGGUAUUUUAUUCCCAUUUCCAAAAUGGCGUCUCCUGCCUCGGCCCUGCCUGUUCUAGUGAGUUCUGUGCCCUCCUCUUUACGGUUAGCUGGUACGACACUUCCUGUCAGAAGCCGGCGGUUGGAGAAGUAGCGUGUUCCCUGCCAUUGUGUGUCCGCUAUAAUCAUGGUGAGUAAUAUUACUGUGACUGACACCGCCUGGCGUAAUCUACCUCGUGUCCACGUGUGGCCCUUACCCAGGGGCCCGGGCUCUGUGUCCAGGAGGGCCAGUGUCUCCAGCACCGCGUGUCUCCUAGCUCAGGGCCCCUCCCGGGGCUGCAGGCCCUUGUUAUAAGGUUUCCAUGGUGGGUCCCUCUGUAAAAUUGCCCCCCCCCUCCCCUUGUAAGAGUGCCCCCCCUCGCCCAGCCAGAGUGCCCCCCUCCCCUUGUAAAGAUUGCCCCCCCCCUCCUGUAAAGGUGCCCCCCCCUCCCCUGUAAGAGUGCCCCCUGUAGAAUUGCCCCCCCCACUCCUCUGUAAAUUUACCUCCCUCUGUAAAAUUGCCCCCCCUCCUUGUAAAAUUGCCCCCCACUCCUUGUAAGGUGCCCCCCCUCCUUGUAAAAUUGCCCCCCCUCCUUGUAAAGGUGCCCCCUCUCCUGUAAAUUGCCCCCCUCCCUGUAAAAUUGCCCCCCCCUCCCCUGUGCAAAAUUGCCCCCCUGUAAGGUGCCCCCCCUCCUCUGUAAGAGUACCCCCCCCUCCUUGUAAAAUUGCCCCCCCCCUCCCCCCUGUAAAUUGCCCCCUCUCCUGUAAGAGUGCCCCCCCUCUCCCUGUAAAAUUGCCCCCCCUCUCGCCCUUGUAAAAUGCCCCCAUUCCCCUCCCUGGAUGUCUAUUCAGGCCCCAGCGGGCCUAGUAAGACCCGGGUUGAGGAGUUAUUAAUAAUGUUUGCAGCCCACCCUGUCACUAUCCUGUCAUCCAUUUACUGUGCUAUUCCUACUACUCCUUUGCAUCGCUUAGUGAAUAAACCCCAAUAGAAGAUGGAUUUAAGGGGUACCCCAAGUAAAAGGCACUACAGCUCUGUGAUUAAGAUGCGAAGAGUCUAUUGCACAGUUACAAUUUGGAAGAUAUUGACAGAUCUAUAUUACUAGUAACGUUAAUAGUAUCUAAUCAAUAUUAAAAAAAAUCUGAAAAGAGAAAAACAAGCAACGUAUAUGCUCGUACAAAUAGUCAGCGAAAGGGCUGCUUCAUUCUAGAACUGUGACACUUACUAUAUAGUGUAUAGAUGGAAAGUUGCACAACUGUGUUUCUUUCCCCAAUGAAUGCCAUGCCAAUAUCUUCCAAUUUCACCUGUGUUAAUAAAAUGGCUAUCCCUCAAUUUUGAGAACUGUGCAGAGAAAAUUGUCCUAUUUUCUGUUGCACAGAGAGGCAUUGCUGAGAUACUUCCAAUAGUGUAACAAUAUUAGGAAUUCCAAGGUUAUUACUAUUUCACUAAAUCUGUAGUGUGCUUUUUUUUUUUUUUUUUUAAACUCCUUUCCUGAUAUAUCUUUUUUGUCUUGGUACAUCAGUGAAAUUCCAACACCGUCAAUGUGAGUAUUUCCUAAAGAUGUAAUAUUUGUGAAAUACUCAUUUUUGGAGGGUGGAUGACAGAGCUGCUUGUAGAUUAUGUGGUUUUGGUGCUUAGUAUUUCUCUUUAAAAGGGCACUACAGCACAGUGUGGCAGUAGGGAUUCUGUCUCCCAUUAUUUUUGUCAUACAAGAAGCAGGUUCACAAAAGAUGGUUUUCUCAUCCACAUCCAUAAACUGCCUCAUCUCAACCACCUUAAUAAUAUAGAGAUUAAACCUCAGCAUUAUCAAUUAUAUCCAACUUGGACAACAGUAUUUGGACAGUGUGCCAGGCUAACCCGCCCAUUGCACUCGGAUUGCUGUCCAGCGUAUGGGUGCCAGGGAGAACAUUAGAUUUGGUAAAAUGUUCCCAAAUAGUCCAGGGAAGGAAGAAAAAACCCAAAACAUCAGCAUAAUCUCAGUGCACUAUAACCACGAAACUGAACGGUGAUGUUUUUAGUGCAUACAGUGAUCCUUUAAUAUCUAUGGGAAUUUCAUAACGGAAAGCUAAAAUCUAGGUAAAAUAUGGGAAUAAACAUUAAAAAAAAAAAAUACACAUAUCGGGUGUGUGUGUAUAUAUAUCUAAAUAUCCGGGUGUGUGUGUGUAUACAUACACACACACCACACACCCCCUUCCCCCCCGGCUUGCACACCUCGGUCACCUUCAGUAAUGCGCAGUGCUGGUAUUUCGGGACUAUAGAUUUCCUUUAAGAAAUAGCACGUUGGAAUCUCCUUGGAUUCCAGAAUAUAACUUGGGGAUGUUACUGCAUCAGUUACAUGGGAGAGUCUAACAGCGUAUGUUAAUUUUUGCUAAUGUAAAUAUUGCAUUCUGCUAAUUAGAGUUCAGCGACAGUUCUCUCACUGACUGAAUAUAUAGAUUUUGCUGAACUUUAAAAUUUCCUUGUUUGAUGUUCCCACAGGCUUCUCUUUCGUUAGCACCCAUGAAUAUAUUUAGAGCUGGAGCUGAUGAAGAAAGGGCAGAAACAGCUCGGCUGGUAAGUAUAGGUCAUUUCGUGAACAGCUAAACAUGUCUCAGAAUGUAUGAUUCCGUGGGAUAUGUUUCAUAAAAAUAAAGUAAUGCCUGAUGUCCCCUGGAGGGGAAGGUAGCCAUGGCUUCUAGACUUUUAUUAACCGAAGACGUGACAGAUUUCCCUAAAUCCGGAGCCAAAUACAUACCACAUACUUUUCAGGGUUUUAUUGUUGCUCCUGUAUGCAGUAAGUGCCAGGAAUAUGAGCAUCAUGGAGCCUUUAGUUGCCAAAUAUCUGGCUACGAUUAGCUCACACUCACAUUUGCCAUCUUCAAAGGCAUAGCCUCUGAUUCACUGCCAUAAUGCCCCCUCCUGCCCAAGUACUAGGUGGUGCAGUGGAGGCUGUUGUGUGUGUGUAUGUGAGCGCUGAUCAGUGGACUUCCUCGCUGGUUCACAGAGUGUGACCCUUGUGUCUUGUAGAACAGCUUUUCAGAUAUGAUCUGGGGAGGGUGAAGGGGCUAUAUUGUAUCCCGGCUUCUCCUUACUUUAACACACACAGAACAGAGGGAACAGUGUUUUUUUUUUUUUUUUUUUGCAGAAUGUGUACACAAACUGCACCUGACACUACCUCCCUCUGCUACUAGUGAGGGAGCAUGUAGCUUUGCUCUUAACCAAUGUCAAGCUCCACACAGCACAUUCAGUGGUGGUACACCAGGGUUAUGAGGUCUGUACAGAGCACCGGCUUCAUUCUCAGUCAUAUUAUUAAUUAUAUCUCUAGAACCCUACUGGCCCAUAGCAAGGCACAGAAGCCGAUGGGUACAGAUUAACCCCUUCAGGACGGGUGACAGAUCGCCGCUAUCGCGGCGAUCGCGGGGUUAAUGGUGCUCCCGGUAUGCCUCUGCAUUAGAGGCAUACCGGGAGCACCCGGUCACGCUGCCCAGCACAUGUGCUCGCUCUGACCACAAGUCAGAGCGAGCACAUGUGCUCUGUAUACUCACCUACCGGCUCCCUGCACUUCCGGGUUCUGUGUGAAGUGCAGGGAGCCGGAUCAGUGAUGAUCCUGCCCCCUGCUGGAAAAAAAAAUAAAGUUAAUUUAAAGUGUCCCCCCCCUUACCCAUUUUAAUAAAAAAUUAACCCAUUCCCUGCCAAUUGAUCACUGACUACAGUGAUCAAUUGGCAGGGAUUACAUUUUACUAUGAUCUGAUUUUUUUUUAACCCCUGAGGGUUAAUUCUUUUUUUUUUUAACCCUCAGGGGUUAAAUUAAUUAAAUUAAUUAAUUAAAUUAUUUUUAAAUUAUAUAUUUAGAUAGCUGGGGUGGGUGGAAGUUAGUGGGGAAUUGGGGGAUUUGGCGUUAGGCUAACUAGGGGUUAACGUUAAAAAAAAGUUUUAAAAGAAACUUUAAAAAGUAAAAAAUUAAGCUUAAAAAAAUGUUUUAAUAACAUUUAAGUAAAAAAAACAAAAAAAACACACUUUACCUAGUCCAAAUAAAAAUUAACCCCUUCCCUGCCAGUCGAUCACUGCCUACAGCGAUCAAAUAGAGAUCACAGUAUUAUACUGUGAUCUAAUUUUUUUUAACCCCUGAUGAUUAACUUUUAUUUAUUUUUUUUAACCCUUAAAUAUUUUAGAACUAUAUAUUUUGCUAGCUGGGGUGGGUGGGAGUUAUGGGAAAAUGGGGAAUUUACUGUUAGUGCUGCGUACUGCUAGUUAGGGGUUAAUGGUAAAAAAAAAAGCUUAGAAAAAUGUUAAAUCUGUAAAAAAGUUUUAAGAAAGUUUAGGAAAGUUUAAAAAAAAUUUAUAAGCAAAACAAAAGUUUAAAAACUAUUUUUUAAAAGUAAAAAAGUUAUAAAAAGUAAAAAAAUACAUUUUAAAAACGCUCAUUACCACUACACCUAGAACAAACUAGAGAAAAAAUUAUCCCACGCCAAGGUUCAAAAUAUGCCUUUUGAAUUACCCCAGGGUGUAUUCUUUAAUAAAUAGUAUGUGUUUGUGGGGAAGUUUCAAUAACCAACCGUCUAAACUACUCCAAAUUGGAACAUGGACACAGCGUAAAACUUCAAAGUUAGAAAAAAACUGAAUGGCUGCGUCUCAAAUGCGCCCCUUCAACAUCCACAUAUACCUGGCAAAGGUACAUACGGGGGUAUUGCUGUACUCAGCCGACAUAGCUGAGCAACAUAUGAAGUAUUAUACAGUCAUAGCACACAUAAGGUUUGCAAAAUAUACUGUGCAAACUCACUUUGUAUGUCAAAAAGGCAGAAAAAACGCUUAUUACCACUACAUCUGGUACAAGCUAGCGGAAAAAUGAUCCCACGCUAAGGUUCAAACUAUACCUUUUGAAACACCCUGGGGUGUCUACUUUAAGAAAUGGUAGGCCUUUGUGGGGUAGUUUGAAUUUAAAACCUGCGAAGAUGCUUGGAAAUUGCACAUAGGCCCAGCGUCAAAAUUCUAAGUUUGGUAAAAACGGAUAUGGCUUGGUCUCCUAUAUGGCACUGUAGCUUCACAAAAUAGUGACAAAGACAUUCAUUGGGGUGUCAUUUUACUCAGAAGACUUAGCUGAGCAUAAUUUGGGGGGUUUGAACUUAGUGGCACAUAUGAAAUAUACAAAACGCCCAGCAAAAAUGCAAUCCGUAUGUAAAAAAUGCACAAAAUUAUUUUUUACCACAUACUUUGGCAUAUAUUGGUGAAAAAAUGGGGGCAUGUUAAGGCACAAUAUGCACCUUAUAAGAUACCCUGGAGUGUCUACUUUUACAAAUGGUAGACCUUUGUGGGGUUUUUUGAACAGUCAAACUGUUAUAAUACCCCAAAUGGAAGCUAAGGCUCAUUAAAUUCAUCUCUCAAAAUUCUACUGUGAAUACUGAAAAGGACAGGUAUCCUGUAUGGCACUGUAACUUCACGAAAUAGUGCAAAAGACAUACAAUGGGGGUGUCAUUUUACUCAGCAGAUGUAACUGAACACAAAAUAAAACUUUGUACAGGAAUAGCACACACCAACUUUACAAAAUAUACACGAGAAUUUCUCUGUUAUAAGUUUGUGUGCCAAAAACCAAAAAGAACACAAUUUUACUCCAAUAUUUAGCAGAGGUUGGCGGUGAAAUGGCUACGUAGAAAGUGUCAAAACAACCUUAGGUAAAUAGCCCGUGAUGUCUACUUUAUAUAAAUAUAUACUUUUGUGUGGCAAUUUUGUUUUCUUUUAUGGCUAUUAAGCUUACAAGACAAACAUACCAAAUUCUAAAAUCGCUCCACAUUAAAAGUUUAUUUUACUCCUUGUGCUUUGUGACCUGUAACUACCAAAAAAACCUUAAAAUCCCGGACACUUUAUAUAUUCUGUAAAUCAGAACAAAUAAAUAAAUUUAUUUUUAAUUACUUUCCUUAACCUGCACUAAUUAUGCACACAUUAUUAUUGCAAAAACUGUAAAAAAAAAAAAAAACAAUAUUUUUCAUUUUUUUUGUAUUUUUCUGUAUUUUUUUUUAUAAUAAGUAAGCAUUUAUAUAUAUAUAUGUUAUAUCAAAUUAAAGCCCUUUCUGUCCUUUAAAAAACAGUAUAUAAUAUGUGUCGGUGCAAUAAAUGAGAGAUGCAAAUUGCAGUUGAACGCAAACAGCAAGAAAAUGCAAAAAAUGCUUGUGUCAUUAAGCGUAAGUCAAGCUUCUGAAGCUGUGUCUUUAAGGGGUUAAAGGAGAUAUUUGUCAUUGCCAGCAGAAAUCUGGCAUAUAAAGUAUAUCCCUCUAUUCUGGACAGGCACAAUUCUUGCCACCUUCGGUUCAGGUUUACAUUUUUUACUACUACUAGCAGCAAUCCAGUAACUUAUUUCAGAUAGUUGUACUCUCUGUAUGUAGGUUACAUGUUGAUAUACUCUUCCAUGUCUUAGCUUGCUUUAACCCCAUAGGACGUUCUAUGCUGUCCUAAAUAAUGUGGGCUUAAAAGCCUGUAGGGCAAUAUAGAAUGUUCUGCAUAUUUGGUGUGAGCAGGGUUAAAUCCCUAUUUACACCACAGAGCCACAGAUAUCAAUUGAAGUGUUGUAUUGAGUCAAUCACAAUGCCUCUCCAUAGGAUUGGCUGAGACUGUGAAGGAGGCAGAUCAGGGGCAGAGCCAGCACAAGUCAAACACAGACCUGGCCAAUCAUCAUCUCCUCAUAGAGAUGAAUUGAAUCCAUUAAUCUCUAUUAGGAAAGUUCAGUGUCUGCAUGCAGAGGGAGGAGAUACUGAUAUGUUGUGAUGCACAUUAGACAAGACUGAGAUAGGAAGCAGCUAUCUAAGGAGUGGCCAGUGAAGUUAUCCCUAGGCUGUAAUGUAAACACUGCAUUUUCCCUGAAAAGACAGGUGAUGAUUCUACUCACCAGAACAAAUUCAAUAAGCUGUAGUUGUUCUGGUGACUAUAGUGUCCCUUUAAAUCAGGCUUCCCCAAACUCUGGCCUUCCAGAUGUUGCUGAACUACAACUCCAAUGAGUCUAUGAAUUAAAUAGACAGGCUGAGAAUCAUGGGAGUUGUAGUUCAGCAACAUCUAGUGGGCCGGAAUUUGGGGAAGCUUGCUUUAAAUAGUAAAAUACAUUUUUGAUAUAAGAAUUGAUAUGAGUGGGUUACCGUGAGUUGUAUUUAGGGGUAAAAGUAGGGUAGGGUUACACUUAGUGUUUGGUUAGGGUUAAUGUUAUUUUAAGAUUAAUGUGUAUGGUUGAGGUUAAGGGAAAGAUUAGGUUAGGCAUACUAAUAGUCAAUUAAAGUAUUGAGUAAGAGGUAUGGUUGGUAUAGCAUUCAUGUGGGGGUUGGUAUAGGAUUAGCAUUAAAAAGACACUGUAGUCACUAAAACAACAUUAUCUUAAUGAAGCAGUUUUGGUAUAGUUCAUGGCCACGCAGUCUCACUGCUAAUUCUCUCUGCCAGGCAGGAGUUAAAUCAUUUUUUUUUCUGUUUGUGCAGCCCUAGCCACACCUUUCCUGACUGUCACACAACCUACAUGAAAACAAAAUGGUUCAUUUUCAAACAGAUGUUAAAUUGCUUUAGAAGUUUUUAUCUCCUGCUCUGUAAAUUAAACUUUAAUCAUGGGAGUUGCUCCUGCAAGGUCUAGCAAGUUAUAACAGACCAGGAAAAACAGACUGUACAAUAAAGGAAGUUUAAAUAUUAGUUGUCUCCAUACAGGAAGUGUUUAGGAAGGCUGUGUAAAUCACAUGUAGGGGAGUGUGACUCGGGCUGUGUAAACAGUGAUUUGACUCCUAAAUGUCAGUGAAUUGAUCUGAGACUGCAGGGUUAUUAUCUAUACAUCAAAACUGCUUAAUUUAAGCUCAAGUUGUUUUUUGUGUGUGUAUUAAAUAAAAAUAUCAGGAAGUAUUACUUUAGUUUUAGAGGUUAACACAGUGAGGGAGUUUAAGCAUGCGUGGGAUAGGCAUAAGGCUAUCUAUCCUAGCUAUAAGAUAAGGCCAAGGACUAAGGAAAGUAUUUAGAUAGACUAGAUGGGCCGAAUGGUUCUUAUCUGCCGUCACAUUCUAUGUAUCGGGGUGCUUGAAGAGAAACCCUUAAAUUAUGGUCAAACAAACCUAUAGCUCGAAUUCAAGGUUUUCUUUGCUCAGAUCAUUGGGUUAAAGAGGUUAAUGUUAUCAUUGAUUUGUUUGUGUAUUUAUUGUACACAAGAAAAUAAUGCAGGCAAACACCAAGUGCAAUAGCAAAGAUGGAUCUGAAUAAAGUAGGAUUUCCCAUUGAUAUGGUAUUUACCAAAUUCUUUAAUUUUGUUUAAUUUUAGUUUUUUUGUUUUUGUUUUUUUUUGUUUUUUAAAUCUGUCUUCUAGUCCUCAUUUGUUGGAGCAAUUGCAAUUGGAGACUUGGUUAAGAGCACUCUGGGACCUAAAGGAAUGGUAAGUGGAAAAAAUAUUAUCUACAAUUAAUGCUUUAAUAUGUUCUAUGGCUGUUACUUGAUCAGUUUUGCUGGGCAAGUGUGUGUGUGUGUGUUUGCUUGCACCUGUGCAGUCAGUUGGACAUAUAUAUUGUUUUAAAUAUUUUUCAAAACACUUGGGACUUUUUUUGUAAUUUUUUUUUUCUCUUCUUCUUAAAAGCUCUGUUAUAGUUUGCUUGGCAUACUUAGUAUUUCUCAAUUAGUUUUUGCAUUGUGCUUUUGAGGUUUUUUCCUUUUGAUUUUCGUUAUUUUAUUCUGAUUAUUUUCAUAUUACAUUAAUUUAGAGACCGACACAAAGACCUAAUAUUCUGCUGCAAACAUAAAUUUUAGAUAUGUAGACCUUUUCUAAUAUUAGUAAAAUAUUCUGCUAGAUGACAUUCAUUAUUCAACUAAUAAGCCAUCUUAAAGGACCACUAUAGUGCCAGGAAAACAUACUAGUUUUCCUGGCACUAUAGUGCCCGGAAAACAUACUAGUUUUCCUGGCACUAUAGUGCCCUGAGGGUGCCCCCACCCUCAGGGUCCCCCUCCCGCCGGGCUGGAUGGAGAGGAAAGGGGUUAAACUUACCUUUAUUCCAGGGCGGGGAGCUCUCCUCCUCCUCUUCGGCUGAAUGCGCAUGCGCGGCAGGAGCUGCGCGCGCAUUCAGCCGGUCUCAUAGGAAAGCAUUUACAAUGCUUUCCUAUGGACGCUGGCGUCUUCUCACUGUGAUUUUCACAGUGAGAAGCACGCAAACGCCUCUAGUGGCUGUCAAUGAGACAGCCACUAGAGGCUUUGGAGGCUGGAUUAAUCCUAUUAUAAACAUAGCAGUUUCUCUGAAACUGCUAUGUUUAUUAAAAUAAAGGGUUAAUCCUAGAGGGACCAGGCACCCAGACCACUUCAUUAAGCUGAAGUGGUCUGGGUGCCUACAAUGGUCCUUUAAAGAAGUAGUAUAUAACUUUCACUGAAUCAGUCCAUCCUAGCUUCUUUUCUUGUUUCUUAGCUACCUGUCUGUGUUUGUUAGAGAAAACUAAAGUCAAUGUGUUGAGAGGGCAGUAACUUUGAGUCCUCUUUAAUGCACCAUUAAACAGCAGGCAGUUAAUCCCACUCUACUGGCAUGCCUGACUCUGUUCUAUAUUCAUGUAAUAUAGAGAAUAAUUUCCUCUCAUGCAUUAGGACAAGAUUCUCCUGAGUGGUGGUCGAGAUAGCAUUGUAACUGUAACCAAUGAUGGUGCAACUAUUCUGAAGGCUAUCGGCAUUGACAAUCCUGCUGCCCAGGUUUUGGUUGGUAGGUUUACAUGCAUUUAUUGAUCUAACAUGUUCUGCAGUUUUUUUAUGUUUUGGUUUUGUUCUCUGUAUUAACUUGUACUUUUCUUUGCUAGACAUGUCCAAAGUCCAGGAUGAUGAAGUAGGCGAUGGAACCACCUCUGUGACAGUGUUGGCAGCAGAGUUGCUCAGAGUAAGAAAAUUGUGAUCUGUGAUUGUCUGGUUUCUAAGGAACAAAAGUACUGUAAAUGUGUUUCUUGGCAUCCAACUUAAAAGCCCUGUGUAGAAACUUUGAAGGGACUUGGUUUAAAGACUUUUUUGUAUUCUUGUUCUGUAACAGUGCUGGUUAUUAUGUAGUUUCCUUUUAAAGCUGUAUAGCCCGAUAUUUCAGCGUUUGUAUUGCUUGCAUUAAUACAAAAACAGGGUAAAAUCUAUCUAAAUGAAAUUUGAAAGUAUUGUUGUAAUUUUUUUUAUACUUGUCAGGAAGCUGAAAAUUUGGUGGCCAGGAAGAUUCAUCCACAGACCAUAAUUGCUGGAUGGAGAAAAGCAACCCAGGUUGCCAGGGAAGCACUCCUGAAAGCCGCAGUGGAUAAUGGGUAAGUUUAAAUAUGUUGACCAUACAGGGGUGUGUGGGUAUUGCUCAGACAGGCUUUGCCUGAGACACCAUUUGUUGUAUUAAACUAUACUAAGAAUUCCAAUGAUAAAUAUAAAGGCCUGAUUUUCAUCCUUGUACUGUCCUGUAUAGUGUUUUGUUUCUUCAUAAAAGAAAACUACUCUCACUCCAGGCACCAUAACCAAUACUUUUUUUAAAUUUUUUUUUUUUUAAAUAGUGGUUAAGAUGCAGCGAGUCUGUGGGCACUACUGUUUUCUGUUCUACUAUUUUAAGGUCGUGUGACUUUGAAAAAAAAAAGUGAAUUUUGUAAAUUACACUUCCAAGUUAUCAAGGGCAAAUCUGUUCAACCAUGGACCACAGUGAUUUUUGUAUAGCGCCAAUUUAGACAACUUUAUAAAGACCAUAUAGCUGUAUAUUUGGAAUAUCAGAAUAUAAUAAAUGGCAAAAAUUUUUUUGAAUAUACUAUGCAUGAGUUCCACAAUCGAAGUCAGAUUGACAUCAGUGACUGCUUGAUUUCACUUAAACAUUCCAUUACAUGCUCUUUUGUAUAAACAUGCACGUAGAUAGUUAAUUACUGUGCACUCAUGAGUUAUUGUCUCCUAACUAUAUUCUGUAACUUGUUAAUGUUAUAAUGGGUGAUAGUUGUUUUUAAGUGUUUCUACAUGUUGGUGCUAAAACAUUUUUAUUGAUAUAUUUCUUUGUGUUGCAUUAUUUUAGGAGUGAUGAAGAGAAGUUCCGUGCUGACCUUUUGAAUAUUUCUCGCACAACUUUGUCUUCCAAACUGCUCACUCACCAUAAAGAUCACUUUGCUAAGCUAGCUGUAGAAGCUGUUCUUAGGUUGAAAGGCUCUGGCAAUCUGGAAGCUAUUCACAUUAUUAAGAAGUUGGGUGGAAGUUUGACAGAAUCUUACCUGGAUGAAGGUACAUGAACAUACACGUGAAAAAUGGAAACAGUAUUGUAUAUUUUGAGGUUUUCUCUUUUAAACAAUUGUACUGAUGUGAAAUUGUCUGUGUGUAAAUGUGUUUUUUGUAUUUUAUUUCUUUUGCUAUGGUAAUAUUUUAAACCUGUAUGCUAUAUAGUGAAAACCUUUUUUAUCAUAUUUUUCUCUAGGAUUUUUGUUGGAUAAGAAAAUUGGUGUAAACCAGCCCAAACGUAUAGAAAAUGCAAAGAUUCUAAUUGCCAACACAGGAAUGGACACUGACAAAAUAAAGGUAUGUUUAGUGGAAACUGGUCUUUUCUUUUAAAACUCCUAUAUUUUGGGGGCGGAGCCUAGCUUCUAAGCUGAGGGAACAAGCUGCAACCAAGCUCCUGCUGAAGCUACCUGUUUUUGGGGGUGAACACCCCAAUAAUCGACACGGAUCCACUCUGAAGGGUUAGAACCGCACGGGGUACACCCGGACACAGCUUUGGACACCCCACUCACUAUUUUGAACAAUCGGGGACCCAACCUGCGGUAACAGAGGCCUGCAAGACGGCGUGCAGGGGAGAGACGGCCGCUCUCCUCUCUUCCUGCUUGCUACAGGACCACAUCGACCCUCAAGCCUUCACCUUGGAACCGGUGGGGGAUAUCCUGGUCCUCGCUGUGAGCCAAGAGCGACCCAUUUAAAACAUGAACUAACCUAUCUACAAGCUCCAGGACCAGCGACACACGAGGCACAGACAAAAUGGCGGCGGAGUGCCAAACACGGCAGCGGAAUCAAGCCACAACCCCAAAGCUCAGCACUGCUAAUAGCAAUGACCUCGAGAAGCGCCUCGAUUUAUACCAAGCAUUCUGGGAGAACCUACAGAACUGCGCUCGGAGAGCAGCAACUGGGUGGCGAAAUCGUGUGGGAACGGGUGAGAGGAGCCACAGGCAACCGCGAGAGGGGGAGCCAGUUUCGAGCAUAGCACCGAACCACCUGCCGACACUUACACACCCUGGCCCACCACAACCGCCCGGGGACUCACCCCUACAACCGAGUCGUGAUCCAAUGCGCAACAAGAAACCAAGCCCCCAGGUGAAACCGGGCCGGUUACUGAACCGCAACUCCUCAAGACAGGCUGCCUCUGCGGCCCCCACUCGACGCCAUGGCGAACAGAAGGGCAAAUGCCACUCACCUACGUGGAUCUUUCGGCUCCCACAGGCUCAACCGGAGGCUAUGGCAACCCGGAGGAGAAGACCCUGGCGCCGCGCACAGCAAGAACACCAUCCUGAGUCGGCUGCCAAGAGACCCACACCGGCACAACAGGGAAUGGUAACUGAGGGCAUUGACCGGGAGGCCGAGGGAUUGAGCACUCAAGAGAACACUCAGAAACUGUUGCAGCACCCGACCGACCCAGCGCACUGCAGGGCAGCAAUGGAGGACACUCAAAUAACAACCACUGGCAUGGGCUAAGUUACUUUGCAGGACUCAGUGUCUACCUGACCUGCCCAGACUGACUGCAGACCAACACUUAAUACACAUCCACCUAUGAUCUGAAGACCUACACACAACUACACAGGUAGACAUGACAUGCAUCCAGACGCCCUAUAGCCCACCUACAUCACACCGCACUGUCAACUAACCCAACAAACAAUGUGCCUAUGUGUAUAGCUAACUGUUCACUCGUGACUUCUCUUGUUUAAUGUUUAAUUUUACUGUUUCAAUCUUAUACUUAAAAUGCCAGCUUGCAAUUUGUAGAGAACCACUCACAUGUCCAACUGACCCACUUAGGCAACACAACCUGCCACACGUAACGUUAUAUCAGGACAUGGACGACCAGCCUGUUACCUAAUUGAUAAAUUUAAAAAAUGUGCACGACUAUCAUAUGCCUUAUACUCUACAUUGCCUGUAUGCCAGAAUCCUUGUUAUGCUGUUGGGGCAUAGCAAGAGCAGAUGUGUAAUCAAUGCAUAACAAAAAUAAAGAAUAAAAAAAAAACUAUAUUUUUCAUCUUACAUCUUUUUAAUGUGUUUAUUGUAACAGGUGUUUGGCUCACGUGUACGUGUGGACUCUACAACAAAGGUGGCAGAUAUCGAGCAAGCAGAGAAAGAAAAGAUGAAAGACAAAGUGGACCGUAUUCUAAAGCAUGGCAUUAACUGCUUUAUUAACCGGUAAAUCAAACAGGAUUCUAUUUACAAAUCUGUAUCCUGGACCUCUCCUAUUUUAUAUUUAAAUAUCUCAAAUCAUAAUACGUGUUGUGGUAAUGAUAAUUUGCAUGUCACGUUCCACUAUCCAUGCAUAUAGACAGUUGGAGGAUAUUUAUUGUAUUUUGUGUGGUUACUGUCUUUAAAUUGCAUCACUGUCUGUGUACUUUUCUGUUUGUAGACAGCUGAUUUAUAAUUACCCGGAGCAGCUAUUUGGUGCAGCUGGUGUAAUGGCCAUUGAACAUGCCGAUUUUGCUGGUGUGGAACGUUUAGCUCUUGUAACAGGUAUGAAACUUGUUCACUUGGCUUCUAGAAUGUAAGAAUGCUGUGGCUUUUUUAUUUUUUUUUAUUCUGCAUUUCUGAACUGCAAUUUUGUUUAAUAUUUCCUCUCUAAACAUUUAUACAAGACAUUCAUUUGCUCAAAACACACAGUACAACAUUCUUAAAUAUUACUAACACUACCUGUUCCCCUUUUUGCAAUCACUUAAGAUGCUAUGGUCUAAAAGUUCCUUCAUUCCUCUCACACCAGCAGUGUGUGGAGGGAUACUAUGAGAAUUCAAUUCAUUGACCACUAUAUAAAACAUGGGUAAAUGCUUUUUUGAAAGGAAGUUCAGAGACCCUGUAGGAAAGUGGGGCAGGCUCACAUUGCUCCCCAUAAAGUAGCAUCUACUUAAGUGAUGGAUCCUAUUUACUCUGGUCCUGGUGACUUGAAGUAUAUGUCAGCGCUGUGCCGACUUGUGCGUUUCUUCAUGAUAUCUGAUAUGUCCAUGGCCUUUCAUCACUUUUUUUUUUUUUUAUAUACAUAUAUAUGUGGGAAUAGAACGACAUGUUAAUUCUUCUUCAUUUUUGUACCCUUUGCCUUUCAGGUGGUGAAAUUGCAUCCACCUUUGAUCAUCCAGAGCUGGUAAAGCUUGGAAGCUGCAAACUGAUUGAAGAAGUAAUGAUUGGAGAGGAUAAGCUAAUUCACUUCUCUGGUGUUGCAAUGGGUAAGCACAGCAUUCAUUUUUGAAUGAAGACUAGCAAAAUAUAACAGAACUGUAAAAACAAAUAAAAAAUUUAUACACAUCAUGUUUUAAGCCUACUGGUAUUUUCUCUUGUCCAAUAAAUGUGAUGUUUUUGGCAGAGUUAAAAAUUUUAUUUAGAUUUGCAUAAUCCACUCUGCCUCUCGCAGUCUUGUUAAAUCUGCCGUGUUUUUUUGUUUAAUGUUGUUUAAUUACAGCUCACAUAGUAUUAAAAGAAAAUCUACCAGUGUUUGAAAUGUUGAAAUGCUGUGUGGGAGACCUAAGCAUGUCUGUUUUCACUUUGUACCUUCACCAGGUGAAGCUUGUACUAUUGUUCUUCGCGGUGCAACGCAACAGAUUUUAGAUGAAGCCGAGAGGUCCUUGCAUGAUGCUCUGUGCGUACUUUCUCAGACAGUGAAAGAUACCAGGACAGUAUAUGGAGGAGGUAAUAUUAAUUUCUAGUAGGAAUAUCUUGUUUAACAGUUGUGCAUCCUCGAUGUUAAAUAGAAAUUAUUGUGAUUAUCCAGGGUGCUCAGAGAUGCUGAUGGCAAAUGCUGUAGCAGAACUUGCAACGAGGACCCCAGGGAAAGAGGCCGUGUCCAUGGAAUCGUUUGUUAAAGCACUGCAGAUGGUAAGUAGCAGAAGCAAUGAGAUGGUGUUGAUAUCACUAAAACUCUUUUGUUGACUCUUAAAUGUCAUAAUUUCAUAACAUUGUUAAAAACCUACCCAGGGUAAUCUGCCACUCUGAUCGACUCAACCGGACAGUUUGCUGUCUCCCGGGUGCUCGGGUCCGGCAUGUUGCCGACAGAGUGGAGGGAUUAUUGGGAGGGGCUGGGGAUGACCCAGCUGUCAUGGUCCAUAUUGGUACCAAUGACAAAGUCAGAAGAAAAUUGAAGGUCCUAAAGAAUGAGUUCAGGGAACUAGGAAGUAAAGCUAAAGAAAAGGACCUCCAAGGUAAUAUUUUCAGAAAUAUUACCUGUGCUGCGCGCUACAGCAGAAAGGUAGCGGGGUAUUAGAGAGGUCAAUGCGUGGCUGAAGUCUUGGUGCAGGAAAGAGGGUUUUGGGUUUUUAGAAUACUGGGACGAUUUUGCGCUUGGGUACAACCUGUAUAGUCGUGAUGGAUUGCACCUAAAUGGAAGAGGGUCUGCUCUGCUGGGGGAUAGGAUUGAUAGAAGGUUGGAGGAGAUUUUAAACUAGUAGUAGGGGGGAGGGUCAAAGCAAUCUAGAAAAUGGAGAUAGGAUAGAACGGAGAUGGGCUUUAGCUCAGAAUAAAGGGGUGGUGAUGGGGGUAGGGGAAAGCACAGAACAGAGGAGGUAUGUAACAUUGAUAAAAAUUCACAAAAAGUACAAAUGACUCAUAAUAUUAAAUGUAUGCUUACUAAUGCAAGGAACCUAUGUAACAAAAUGGGGGAACUAGAGGCAAUAGCAUACACGAAACAAUAUGAUAUAAUAGGCAUAACAGAAACAUGGUGGGAUGAGACACAUGACUGGGCAGUUAACUUAAAUGGGUACACGUUAUUUAUGAAGGAUAGGAAAAACAAGAAGGGUGGUGGGAUAUGUUUGUAUGUCAACCAUGAGUUAAAGUCAAAUCUUAGGCAUGUGGCGUGUGACGAGGAUAAUGUGGAAGCUUUAUGGGUAGAUAUCUGCUUGGGGCAAACAAAGGGAAAUUAAUUAUUGUUUGGGAUAUGUUAUAAACCACAUAAUGUAAAUAUUAAUGAGGAAGAACAGCUGUUAGAGCAAAUUGGGAAAGCUGCAAAUCGGGGCAACACGUUAAUUAUUGGAGAUUUUAAUUACCCGGACAUAAAUUGGGAUAGAGGGACUAGUACUUCAGCAAGGGGAAUCAGAUUUUUGAAUGUGUUAAAUGACACCUUUAUGUCACAACGAGUACAAGCACCAACUAGAAAGGAUGCUUGUCUGGAUCUCGUUAUAACAAACUAUGUUGAUUUUUUUAUUUUUUUAUUCUUUUUUCGUUCAUAUGAAUUAGUCCUUUUGUCAAUGCCCCAAGGGUAGUGACAAACAUUCGAUUAUACACAGCUUAACAUUUAGAGGCAUUUGAUUUUAUAGCACAUUUUUAAGUAUGGUAUGAUUAAUUGUCGAAGUUAUACUUAGGCUAUUCUGGUGACUGUACAUGUAGUGUGGGUGUAUUAUGCAUGUAGAUUAUACAGACUAGUGUGGUUUGGCUAUUUAGCAAUAGUGUGUCGAUAAGGUACACAUUCAUCUAUCUAAUACAUGCUAUACUCUUGUGUCCAAGUGAGUAAUUAAACUCUUAUGACUCUUCCGUUAGACUCUUCAGACAAGUGACGGACCAGUGAACUCAUAACACAAUUUGCUAGGCAGAUGUGUCUCUGAAUAAGUUAGCUAAUUAUACAUUGAGUCUUGCAUGCAUUGAGAACAUAGAGAUCCUACAGUUCUGGUCUGAGAGAUAAGCCCAUGUUCAGUGUGUGGAAUAGAGUUAACAUGCCAGAGUCCUAUGUAGCAUUAAACAGUUAAGUGUAGGAUGGUGCUGCAGUAAAUCUAGCCCUAUACAAGGGAGAGACAGCGUGAUAUAUGAGAAGAGUGACAGCAGGUCAUGGAAGGUACAGGCUUAUGGCUUUUGCUGGAUAGUUGCUAUUAUUUAUGCUGUGCGUUCAGGGUUAAUUGUCUCCCUGUGUCUUGCCAUUGCUCGUGGGCGAUAUUCUCCUCACCCCUGCAUCUUUCUGUGCGAGCCGUGUAUGAAUUGUCCAGCUGGCUGAAAGUAAGCCAGGGGGGCACAGUCCCUAGUUGAGACGAUGAAUGCUUGCUCGUGUGCAUAUGUCAGAAUGCCCUGAUGAUUAUUGUGAUAUGAUCAUUAGUGAUGAUUCUGUGCGGGGUCGUUCCUAUGUCAGUUGCUGUCCUCUAGCCGCUGUAGUUCAGCUGGUAGGUGUUGCUGUGAGAUGGGGCGAUGGUCUAUGCGUGUGCUAUUUUUCUGGACCAGAUCGAGGGGUGGGCAGCUGGGUCUUCCGAUUCUACGCUGCUUUUUCUAGUUUGCCGCUGUUCCGACCUCUUUGCCGAUUAUGAGUGCAAGGGUCUCGGCACCUGCGGUCUGUCACAUAACGCUGUAGCAUGUCGUCGUGUUCCCGCCGAUCCGGCUGUCAUCACUUGGUGCAUGGGGUCUGCUCCGGGUUCGUGUGAGUUGCACCUCCCAGGGAGCAGAAGGCGGCAGUCUCACCCGUGUGCUCUGCCCGGUUCGUAGUUGCCGCCAUUUUAGAUGUCGUGGGCUGCAUCGUGUCAGUGCGUUGGGGCCUUGAGGCCUCUGUUAUGAUGUGUGCCGCAAGGUGUGGGCCGGAAUCAUCCCCACCGAUCAUCUGAGGGAGUCCGUCUGGACACCGUCGGGCAGAAUAGUGGGGCAGCGGUCCGCCCCACUCACCGCCUGAGUAGGCCUCAGUCAGUCGCAAGCCUCUCCUCGGUUCUGGUGCUUCCUCUUGUGUUGGUCCCAGCUUUUGGUGCUCUGGUAGGGUCCAGAGUCCAGUUUUUGAGCAAAAUUGUUAGAAUAUUUCUGGAGCUGUUGUUACUUGCGGCCAGCCAGUAUGGUGGUCAGGCCCCGCCCAACAAUGUUGAUCUUUUAACCAACAUUCAAGUAGGGGAGCAUUUGGGAAAUAGUGAUUACAAUAUGGUUAUUUUUGAAAUAAACUCAAAAAAGCAAAAGCACGUGGGGUAUACUAAAACGUAUAAUUUUUAAAAAGCCAAUUUCAAUAAGAUUAGGGCAGCUCUACAACAUAUCGACUGGCAUAAACCCCUUAGUGAUAAAAACACUGAGGAUAAAUGGAAACUAUUCAAACAAAUAUUACAAAGGUACAUUUCUCAGUAUGUACCAUUGAGUAAUGUAAAAGAAACAAAUUAAAACCAAUGUGGCUUUGUAGAGAAGUAAAACAAUAGAUUAAAAAUAAGAAAAGGGCAUUUAAAGCAAUAAUGCUUGCAAAAAGGCAAUUAAAGUGGCUAAACUAGAAAAUGAGAAAUUGAUAGCCAAAGAAUGCAAAACCAACCCCAAAUUUUUUUUCAAGUACAUCAAUUUUAAAAAUGAAAGUGUAGGUACACUGGAAAUAGAGAUGGGUUUUCUUCAGUAUAUACUAAUAAGGAUCCUAUGGCAAGCGAUAUGCAAAUGAUUGCUGCAAAAAACUUGCAGUUAACUUGUGAUUGAAUAGCUCGAGACAAGGUGCUACAGCUAUUAAAGAAAAUUAUUAAUGUAAAUAAAGCUCCGGGGCCUGACGGUAUUCACCCACGAGUGCUAAGUGGGGAAAUAAGUGAACCUCUGUAUUUAAUUUUUCAAGAUUUUUUUGUUUCAGGUAUUGUACCGGAGAAUUGGUGGAAGGCAGAUGUUGUUCCUAUAUUUAAAAAUGGUUCAAAAUCAUUGCCUGGAAAUUAUAGACCUGUGAGCUUAACUUCUUUGACUGGGAACAUAUUUGAAGGGCUAUUAAGGGGUAAUCUUUCAGGAAUUCAUUAGGAAGAACUUUAUUAGCAAUAAUCAGCAUGGUUUUAUGAAACCUAGGUCAUGUCAAACUGACCUAAUUGCAUUCAACAAAGCAAUAAGUAGAAGUAUAGAUCAGGGCAUUGCAGUGGAUGUGAUCUACUUGGAUUUUGCCAAGGCAUUUGAUACGUUCCUCACAAUAGGUUAGUCUUUAAACUAAAAGAAGCUGGCCUAGAUGAAUAUUCUUGUUUUUGGGUAGAACAUUGGCUUAAGGAUAGAGUACAACGAGUUGUCAUUAAUGGUAACUUUUCAGGCUGGACAAAAGUGGUAAGUGGUGUCCCUCAGGGUUCUGUUUUGGGACCGCUUCUAUUUAACAUAUUUAUAAAUGAUCUUGAAAUAGGCAUUGAAAGCCAUGUAUCAGUGUUUGCAGAUGACACAAAUCUUUGUAAAGUAAUAAAAUGUGAGCAGGAUAUUGCUUUGCUGCAGAGGGAUUUGGAUAGAUUGAGGGACUGGGCACUAAAAUGGCAGAUGAAAUUUAACGUAGAGAAAUGCAAAGUUAUGCACUUCGGGGUUAAGAAUGCACAAGCAAUUUACACCCUAAAUGGUAGUGAACUAGGAAUAACCACAUACGAGAAGGAUUUGGGAAUUGUUAUAGACAACAAAUUAGGCAGCAAUAUGCAAUGUCAAUCUGCAGUUGCUAAGGCCAGUAAGGUUUUGUCAUUUAUAAAUAGGGGCAUAAAUUCUCGGGAUGAAAAUAUAAUUUUGCCUCUUUAAAAAACGCUGGUAAGACCACACCUUGAAUAUGCUGUGCAAAUUUGGGCACCUGUUCUAAAGAAGGAUAUUGUGGCACUAGAAAAAGUGCAGAGACAAGCUACAAAAUUGAUAAAAGGAAUGGAGCAUUUUAGUUAUGAAGAAAGGUUAAAAAAUGUAAAUCUGUUUAAUUUGGAAAAACGGUGUCUGAGAGGGGAUAUGAUAACAUUAUGCAAAUAUAUUCGGGGCCAGUACAAACCUUUAUCUGGAAAUCUAUUCACAAACAGGGCUAUACAUAGGACAGGUCACACAUUUAGGCUGGAAGAAAGGAGAUUUAAUCGAAGGCAAAGAAAAGGGUUUUUUUUACAGUAAGAGCAAUAAGGAUGUGGAAUUCUCUGCCUGAAGAGGUGGUUUUGUCAGUCUAUACAGAUGUUUAAACUGCAAUUGGAUAAAUACUUGCAAAAACAUAACAUACAGGGAUAUAAUUUCUAAUUAGUGGGGUAAUAGCUGCUUGAUCCAAGGAGACAUCUGACUGCUAUUUUGGGGUCAAGAAGGAAAUUUUUCCUAGUUUGUUGCAAAAUUGGAAGCGCUUCCGACUAGGUUUUUUUGCCUUCUUUUGGAUCAACAGCAAAAACAUAUGUGAGGAAGGCUGAACUUGAUGGACACAAGUCUCUUUUUAGCUAUGUAAUUGUCAUUAGGGCUAUAUUAAGUUUCCAUGAUCUAAAGCAGUGUUUGCUAAGGAAUUUCCUCUCUGUAUUGUAUACUAUUGUAAUAUUUUUUUUAUGUAUUUUAAAAUGUUUUCUGUUUUUAGUUGCCAACAAUUAUCGCAGAUAAUGCUGGAUAUGACAGUGCUGACCUGGUAGCACAGCUAAGAGCAGCUCACAGUGAAGGAAAGUCAACCUAUGGCUUGGGUAAGUAACUGGUUGAUAUUGGGUUCACAGUGUGUGUUUUAGAAGUAUUUAUAGAAAUAAUCCUUCCAAUCCCAAUACUGGUUUAGUGCAGCUUAAUGUCCAUGAGAGAAACCCGAUCAUUCAUAGUAAUGCACUGGCUUGUUUUAUAAACAUUCUUAUGUGGGUGACUGUUCUUGAUCAUAAACUGGUUUACCCGAUUUGAUGUGGUAAAUGCUUGGGUUGCUGAUUGAUUGCCUUUAAUUUCCUGCUCAGUGUUUAAAAAUGGCUUGGGAGGCAAAGCUUAUUUAUCUGUGGCUUAAUGGUUGCAGUGUGAUGGGUUAAGAAUACAUUAAUAGAACUUAGUGUGGUAAUACUAGUAUGGGUUAUAGAACCUUUGAAACAAUGCGUUGCUGGUUUAGUUUUUGCUAUUCAGCUGUAAAACCGUUACAGCCUAAUAUGUUUUGUUUGUUUUUUUCAGAUAUGAAAAAUGGUAUAAUUGGGGAUAUGGCAGAGUUGGGCAUAACUGAAAGCUUCCAAGUGAAAAGACAAGUUCUGCUUAGUGCGGCUGAAGCUGCUGAAGUGAUUUUGCGCGUGGAUAAUAUCAUAAAAGCAGCCCCAAGGUAGCUGUUUGUGUACUUUCUCUAUGCUAAAAGCAGUAUAAAGGGGCUUUAUCACUAAACUGUGCCCCUGGGGUGGGGAAAUAUAACCUGGAGUGAUUACAUUUCCUAAAUAUCUUGCUAUAGCUUUUUUAAUUUUUUUUUGUUCAGUGCAUUUUACAUUUUCUACUUAAUGGCAAUUAUCCAGAUUAUAUAAAUAACCAUAUGCAGCAAUGUCAAGAUCCCAAUAGUAAUAAAAUUUCUUAUCUUUAUUUCCCACAUGUGGAUUUAAAAUCCAUACGGCAAUACAUAGCUUGCAGAACCUGCGAUUAUCCCAUACAACCACAGUCUGUGAUUCGUGCUACAGCGCUAUAAUAAGAGUCUAGUUAAAUUGCUGUAGCCCAAAAUGGGUAUACUUUUGUUAUAUGGGAUAAUGGCAAGUAGUGAUGUCCCGAACGGUUCGUGUACGGUUCGCCACGGACUCAUCAUUGAGUAAACUUUGACCCUGUACCUCACAGGCAGCAGACCCUCCCACCUCCUGGACAGCUCACUAAGAAUGCAGCUUCACAAUGAAUGUAAAAUGGAUGCUGUCCAGGAGGUGGGAGGGUCUUGGAGGGAGGGUCUGCUGCUGAUUGGCUGGAAUGUGUCUGCUGACUGUGAGGUAUAGAGUCAAAGUUUACUCAUUGAUGAGUCCGCGGCGAACCGUUCGGGACAUCACUAAUGGCAAGUUCUGCAAGAUGCAUGUUGCAGAAUGGAUUUUAAUCCACAUGUGAAAAUCACAGGAAGAUUAGAAAAUGUUAUUACUUUUGGGUUGUGACAUUGCUGCUUAUUGUUAUUUAUUCGUGUGGAAGGAGCGCCACCAAUCACUGAAAACGAGAUAUGGGGUACACACACAUUUGAAGGUAUGAAGAUGAACACUGCAAUGGUGAUUGAUUUGAAAGUUUCCAUAAACGUUCUGAAGCUGACCGGGCAAGUGUCAAGCGGUUGUUUCAUUUAUCAAAGUAUAAUUAAAGGAACACGCAACUAUCCAAAUGGGCAUAAAAGUAGAAUUUCAGAUUUAGUAGAUAUACCCCCAAUGAUUACAUGUGUGCAUUUUUUAUACAUGUGUUUUUAUUAAAGUGUAUAUCUUAAAAGAGCCUUCAAAACCUUUCCCUUUUUCCCCAGUAGAGACUGCUCAUUGGGAAGCUCUCCCUCCGUGCACACGCUGCACAACGUUUUGAUCUGAGAAGGAUGUAUGUGGCAGUGAGGCAGGUGCACUCAGUGUUCACCUACCACUUCCAUUAGCUCAUGGGAGCUAACGGAAGUAGGAAGCUUACCUCACUGGCUGUCUGACAGGCAGGAGUUGUUCAUUAAUUCAUUAUAGAAGUGCAGAUUAUCAUAGAAAUCAGCACUUUUAUAAAGUUCCUUUAAUAGGCUAGCAGACAGCCACUAGAGGGACUUCUGGGCUCGAAGGUGACUUUUGGUCGCCUAAAUGAUUCUGGAUGUCCUCCCGCUAUGCAUGAGGUCUUCAGCGUUACCAGAAUGCCCAUAGGAAUGCAUUAAAUAAUGCUUUCCUAUCUGGAAAUCUUAAGGUGAGUGCAGCCAUUGCUGAUGUCGGCGAGGAGGAGCAUGGACGGAGCCGAGCCAGCACCAAGGGACAUCGGCGCUGGACCCAGGUAAAUUACAGGGUUAUUAACCCCUUCUGCACCACAGGGGGGAGAGAUGUCACAUGAUUCCUUGUGAGCUUGAUCAAGGAAUUGUGUGGAGUAUCAUCCUGCAAUGCAUGUGCACACAGAACCUCUUGGUAUUAUCCAUAAUUCAUACUCUUAGCUUUAUGUUCUGUCAACACUACUAUUAGACCCAACCACUUAUCUACCUAAAGCUAAUUGCUUCACUCCCAUCAGUGCAUUGCCAUUAAACAGAUUUCAGCAUUACAGUGUCACAAUUUGUGUGAACAGACAUCCAUUUAUGUUGCAUUUCCUAUUAAACAGCACAUUAUGUGUUCUGCAAAGCUGUAUCUCUAAUAAACACAUCUAAUCAGUCCUGACACUCUUGCUAAUGUAUAGCAUAAGACCUGCUACUCUGUCAGGUUAUUCACUAAACUGAAUUAUCUGGAAUUUCUUGUAUUGUGGAGAUGCUACAAGUCAACUGAUUUUUUUUUUUUUGAUUUUUUUUGUUUGACUAUUUUGUCUUAAAAUUAGAAAAUUGCUUUGAAUUCCUUACCAUUCCCACUUAAGUGAAUAAGCUUGCCGUACACCAUGAAAUAAGUCGGUCAAUGUUCUUGUGUUAUUUAAUGUAAUCAGUAUGUUGCAGUCUUCUGUAAUUACACUUUCUGAAUGAUUAAUAUUUAAUUUCCCCAUUAGGAAACGUGUCCCAGACCAUCAUCCCUGCUAAGCACUCUUUAAACCCCAAGGAUUUGUGGACCAGACUCCAGCUGUCUUCUUACAUGGCUGACCAGAAGGUUUCCAGACAAGCGAAGUUACAGGAUAAUUAGUCAUCAUCUAGGCACUUGCGGAUCACUCUCAUACUGUACCUGGGUUUAUUUAUUUUGCGGAAGAUGCAUUUUGCUUUCUCAGAUGCAGUUUGUACACAUCUGUGUUUAUAUGUACUCUUUCAUUCUGCGCACUGAAAUAAAACGUUUCCUUAAUUUUUGUUGUCCUUCUUACACGCAGGCCAUCACAGUAUGAUUUUAUAACCUGGCUUCUAUAACAGUAUUAUUGUAGACAGUAUUUUGCGG